AUGCACAAGCCAACUAAGAACCCAGCAGACUGGAUGUACCGGCGCUGUGCGAGGAGAGGACGCAGUUAUUCUGUGGUACUUGAACCGGGUCCCACCUGGUACGAUCCUCUCCUGUUUGGACCCGGGGUUAAUUCUAGGAGGGAGCCAGCCAGAACCGCUGGUCCCAUCCCUUUGUCUACUAUCCCGGAGGGUCUCACCGUGGGAGUCCUGGCGCUGGAGGACCCAGCGAUCACCACUCCAGUUCCUGCCAGCUCUGUCCAGCCCCCUGACCUUCGUGGUAAGCGUGAGAGGAGGGUUUCGUGGGAGUCGCCGUCCGAGGGGUCCUCUUCGGAGCCUGCUGCUCCCACCACUGUCCUCACCUCACCUGCCACCGCAUCAGCGCCACGACCAAGGAAGAAGAAGAGGAGGAAGGGGGUUUCCUUGAGUCCUCGAUCGCCUUUGUCUGCUCCCUUGUCUGCCCCCGUCACGCCCUGGAACCCUGCCGUGCCUCCUUUUGUUCCCCCAGUCAUUCCUGCCAUUUCCCAGCCUCUGUUUACUCCUUCCGGAGUUGUUCCUCCUUGUCCUUCCCCUACCAAGCCUGCUGUCUCCAAGAAUUCUACCAAAUCCACCCGGACUCCUCGCCCCAAGCCCUCUACCUCCCCCUUGGAACCCAAGACUCCUUGCCCACCCAGCUCCACCCUACCUGGACUUCCUCACUGUUCCCCUGGGGAGCGUCUGGUAGCCGCUCCUUAA